AUGGCUUCCGGCGUCCACGCGGCGGCGGACGGCGUCGCCGCGCUCGGGAUCUCCCCCGCCGGCGGCGAGUGGGCCGGGCCCUGCCCCGCGCUGCGCCGGAACCUGCACCUCCUCUCCCACGACCAGGUUGAGCUUGCAAAGAUGCUGCUGAAUGAAGGACAGGGGCACUUGUUUGAACACUGGCCAGAGCCCGGUGUCGACGACGACAAGAAGAAAAGCUUCUUUGACCAGGUUUGCCGACUUAACUCAAGCUAUCCUGGUGGGCUGGCAGCAUACAUCCAGAAUGCCAAAAAGCUUUUAGCAGAGUCCAAGGCAGGACAAAAUCCAUAUGAUGGUUUCGCACCUUCUGUUCCCUCGGGGGAAGUAUUGACGUUUGGUGAUGACAAUUUUGUUUCACUGGAAGCAGCUGGGGUAAAAGAAGCACGCAAUGCUGCAUUUGUUCUUGUAGCUGGUGGUCUUGGUGAAAGACUUGGUUACAAAGGAAUUAAGGUAGCACUCCCCAGGGAAACAACCACUGGGAAAUGUUUUCUUCAACAUUACAUAGAGUCUAUUCUGGCUUUACAAGAGGCGAGCUGCAAAAUGGAGGGCGAAUGCCAUACGAAGAUCCCAUUUGCUAUUAUGACUUCCGAUGAUACGAAUGCACUGACCAUCAAGCUUUUGGAAUCAAACUCGUAUUUUGGAAUGGAACCAUCACAAGUGAAAAUUCUAAAGCAGGAAAAAGUGGCAUGUCUAGCUGACAACGAUGCAAGGCUUGCAUUAGAUCCAAAUGACAAGUACAAGAUUCAGACAAAGCCACAUGGGCAUGGAGAUGUUCAUUCUCUUCUUUAUUCAAGUGGAUUACUCGAGCAAUGGAAGAAUACAGGACGGAGAUGGGUUCUCUUUUUCCAGGACACAAAUGGAUUGCUCUUUAAUGCAAUACCAUCAGCAUUAGGUGUCAGUGCCACCAAGGGCUACAAUGUUAAUUCUCUUGCAGUUCCUCGAAAGGCAAAGGAAGCCAUUGGUGGAAUAACCAAACUUACUCAUGUUGAUGGUAGAACAAUGGUGAUCAAUGUGGAGUACAAUCAGCUUGAUCCACUCCUUCGUGCAACUGGGCAUCCUGAUGGAGACGCAAAUUGUGAAACAGGCUAUUCUCCAUACCCUGGAAAUAUAAACCAGCUGAUACUCGAGCUUGGACCAUACAUUGAGGAGCUCAAGAAAACACAUGGCGCCAUUUCUGAAUUUGUAAAUCCAAAGUAUACUGACUCUACCAAGACAGCAUUUAAAUCCUCCACUCGUCUUGAGUGCAUGAUGCAAGACUAUCCGAAAACACUACCUCCAACGGCAAAAGUUGGGUUUACGGUGAUGGAUGCUUGGCUUGCAUAUGCUCCUGUAAAGAACAAUCCUGAAGAUGCAGCUAAAGUUCCAAAAGGUAAUCCUUUUCAUAGUGCAACCUCAGGAGAGAUGGCAAUUUACAGGGCAAACAGCCUUAUUUUAAGAAAGGCCGGUGCACACAUAUCUGACCCUGUAGCCAGCACUUUCAAUGGUCAAGAGGUAGAGGUCUGGCCACGCGUGGCCUGGAGCCCGAGGUGGGGUCUUACGUUCAAGGACGUCAAGCAAAGGCUGCACGGCAACUCUUCAGUUUCUCAGAGAUCGGUUCUGGUCAUCAAUGGCCGGAACGUCGUCAUCGACGGUCUUUCCUUGGACGGCGCUCUUAUUGUCAACUCCGUCGACGAAGCAGAGGUGAAAGUCACCGGUCAUGUGGAAAACAAAGGCUGGACUAUCCAGCACGUCGACCACAGGGACACCUCGGAGAAAGAAGAGACGAGGAUCCGCGGGUUCAAGUUUGAGAAGGUUGAGCAGCUGGAGGUGAACUACACCGAGCCGGGAAAGCAUUGCCUGAGCCCAUGA